UCGUUAAAUGUCGUAAUAAUUGUCACGUGCAAUGUUAAGUGAAAUCAUACCUAGACGUUGUGGAAUCGUAAUUUCAUAUGCAGUCGGUUUUACGAAACGGCGCAGUGAAGUGAGAAUUUAAGUGAAGUAAACGACUCAUCAAAUCGAACACGAAAAUGGCCGUAAACUCGUCGUCAUGGCUGAAUCAAUGUUUUGUGGAGAAGAUCCUGCGAAAGUCAGAAAGCGACGAUUCGAUUCAGGUGAUCGAUAUAUUCUCUAAUCCAGGCUCGAACAAAGGUGACAACUAUCUCUGCGAUAUCAUCAGAAUUACUACAGAAUUUUCGCGUGAACAAGGCGGCCGUAAGAUUAUGGAAAAGAAAUCAAUAAUCGUUAAAGUUUCGCCUACAUCCGAAAGUAUUCGAUAUAAUGUUGUCAUUCAAUCAGGUUUAUUUGAUAACGAGGCAUCGAUGAUGUUAGAUACCUUGGAUAAAAUGAAUAAGUUGUUAGGGCCAAAGCACCGUUUAAGUGGGAAAGGUUUAUACAUGCAAAAUGAAAUUCCAAUACUUCUGGCAAUCGAGGAUCUCGGGCCUCUCGGCUUUCGUAUGGCCGAUUGUGUGUCUGGUCUCGACUUAGCUCAUUCCAUAGUGGCGCUUCGCGGACUAGCCAGGUUUCAUGCAGCCUCUGUAGCCGUAUGCGAAAAGGAGCCAAAGCAAAAGAAGAUGUAUACAAAAGGAAUAUUUAACAACCAGAAUUCAUCAGAAGUGAAAGAUUUUUUCAUUAAGGGUACUAAAGCUUUAUCAGAGGAGAUUGUAAACUGGCCGGAAGUAAAAAAAUACUCGGAAAAAAUUUCUAAACUCUCCGAUCAUAUAUUUCAAAUAGGAGUAGAUGUAGCCAAGCUCUCUGAGGAUGAGUUUAAUGUUAUUAAUCACGGCGAUCCUCACAUGAAAAAUAUGUUAUUUAAAUAUGACAAUGACGGUAAUCCUACUGAUCACAUGUUUGUGGACUUCCAGUCGAGCGUCUACACAUCACCGACAAUCGAUUUUAUGUACUUUCUCAAUUCAAGUAUUUCCUUUGAUGCUAUUGAAAACAAGAAAGACGUUUUAUUAAACGAAUACUUUAACACCUUGUUGACGACUAUGAAGCAACUGAAUUGCAAGACGCAGCCGCCCACAAUGGAGGAACUAAAAAAUACUAUGAAGCGAAAAGCCAGCUACGAAAUGAUAUCAUCCUUCACGGUUUUACCAAUGAUGCUGUGCCCUAAAACUGAAGCGAAAGAUUUGGAUGAGAUCAUGAAUACUGGUACUUGGGUUAAUCCAGGCUUAAAGAGCGAGAAUUUUAAAAAAAUAAUGAUAAAGAGAAUUCAAUUGUAUGAUGAGUGGGGUUUACUAGAUCUUUAAUGUAUAUUUGACUUUUAGUAAUUAGAAAUAAAAAUAAAAUUGUAAUAGGAA